CAGCCUGGCCUCAGAUACCACGUUGGAAAGAAAGGAGGAAUCUUUCACGCGGGAUUGAUUACCCGCUAUCUCCCACUGCUCAGAUAAUUCUCAAACUUUUCUUGUAUCCUCAGAGAUCCCGCCUGAAGACGAGAAGCAGAUAUGUCAUUUCCAGACGAGAUCGACGCCCUUUCUCAAAAGUCGAGCGAGGAACAUGCCUACCCUAGACCUGAUCUCAUCAGCUUGAGUCAGUACCUGAAGUCUUGGCCUACCCAGAAGCUGGUUGCCAAAUUUCCGGAGACUUCGGCGGUGUCCGAGGAAGAUGUCACAACUACUUUUGCCUUGAUUCACGAAAUAGCAACCGGCACUUGUUCUCGGUUCAAGCCAUCUCCGGCGGGCUUGGCUGAACUAGCUUCUCAUAGCGUUGAGCAUGGACCAUUGCUGCUCUUCCUGCGUGGCCACGGCUCCCCUGAGUGGUUGAACACCAUUGGUGAAAAGUACGGGGUCAGUCCGGAGCUGUAUCGGCGGCAUUUGCAGUACUUGGAAUUCAGAGGCCGAGAUCUUUACUCAUCGCCAUCCCUGCCAUCGUCGUCAGCUCGGGUCUUCCAACUGACUAUUCCGACCAUAUGCACACGAAAUGUGGACGGCUCAGGUUACGAGCCUGAAGAUCUCCAAUUGGCACGUCGACUCGAGGAGGAGGCCAUGGGCCGAUAUUUCAAACAAUUGCGCUCGAAGGCCGAGGUUGCUGACUCCGUGGUCCGCAAAUGUUUGCUGUUGAGUAAACAGCACUACGUCGUGGAGCAGACAGUGUCAAUUGAGGUUGGCCCACCAGGGGAUGACUGGCGCGCCGUGGUGUGGCUCGACAGCGGGAAGGAUCUCUGUCAGACCAUGAAAGGACCAUGGAGCCCACGAGCUGGGACCAAAGCCUGGGAGACGUACUUCUUUCCGGUCAUCGUGAACCCAGCAAUCGACACUCCUUUCACUCAGUCCACUGAUAAGCCUAGCACUCCUUUGGCUGGUUUAACAAGUGUUCACGACAUUAUGGAGCCGCAGAGUCAUACUGGAGACAGGCAAGCAGAAGAGUGGAAAGCGGCACAAAACGUGGCCCUGCUUCCUUUCCAAUACGGAUCACGCCUCAACAAGCGCAUAGCGCGCCGGGAUACCCUUUACGCCCUCAACCAAGUCUUCCAAUUCUCCGCCUCCGCCGAAGUCCAGUUUCUGAACCUUCUCCAAAGCCGCAUCGUACACGAAUUGUCCUUCGUUGGAGCCCAGGGCGACGGCAAAUACCACUCUAUAUCGCUGUUAAACUUGAAGUACAUCAAGACUCAGCUCACAUCGCACGCACAAAGCCUUACAGAGACAGUCAGCCUCCUGCAGAACCGCCACGACCUGGACUGGCCACACAUCGAGAGAUCUGACGAGGACUCAGCUACAGUGGAAAGGUCGGCUAACAUGCUUCUUUCGGACUUCAAAUAUCUGUUACAGCGCGCGGCAACCCUCGCGAAACAGUGCGACCAGGGCAUGACGACACUGGUUAAUAGCUCCAUGUUAGAGGAGUCAAGACGCUCAGCAAACUUGGCAACGAAGGUGCAGAGACUCACAGUCAUAGCCACCAUCUUUAUUCCUCUUUCUUUCGUCUGCUCUGUUUGGGGAAUGAACAUCGACAUAUUGGGCUCGGGCUCGCAGCCCUUUUGGAAAAGUUUCGUAUCAGCAGUGCCGAUUAUCUUGCUUUCCUUGGUUAUAUAUCAGUGGGACGUCUUGAUUCGGCUGUACGAUAAGAGCAAAUCUGGAACCAGGAGAAGGCGUGAAACGCAAGACGUAUAUAGCUGAAAGAGCCUCCCAC